AUGGCUCCCAGAUCCAAACCGAAGUCGAAGCACUCCAAAUCUCAGAGCGCUGACCCAUCCUCGCUAAAAACUUUGGCUAAGACACCACAACGUCCUAAUUGGCCGACCUUGACUCCUUUGGUCCCUACCCUUGAUCUCACCGUGACAACCCUCCUCCGUAAUCAAAUCCUUUUAAUCCCCAACUUCUUCACCACAACCCUUUGCAGAACCUACACGACCUUCCUCUCCACCCUCCCCUUAGCUACCACCCCCGGCAAACCCAAGCGCGGCGAAGCCGUUCGCGUCAAUGACCGCUUCCAGGUCCACGACCCGACUUUCGCUCAAAUGCUUUGGACGCAAACCAGCCUCCAGGAACUCGUCACGCAUUUCGAAAGUCCCAGUAUCUGGGGUGGUGAAGUUCUGGGCCUGAAUCCCAACAUCCGGGUGUACCGCUACCGACCAGGGCAGUUCUUCGACAAGCACUAUGACGAGAGCAAUCAGCUCAACGUAGGGGAGCCGUCGAUCGGCGCCAAGACGACUUGGACGCUGUUAAUUUAUCUGUCGAGGUGUGAAGGUGGGCAGACAGUGUUCUAUCCAGAAGGGCCAAAGAACGGUCCGAUACCAGAGCCCAUCGUAGCAGAAGUCGAGCCUGGUCUGGCCUUGUUGCACCGGCAUGGAGAUGAUUGUUUAUUGCACGAGGGAAGAGAGGUAAAGGGAGGAGAGAAGUGGGUUUUGAGGAGUGAUUUAGUGGUCAAGCGAUGA